ACGUUCACUUCGAACAUUAUAAAACGUUGUAAAAAUAAUAAAAAUUAAUUUCUUUUAAAAUUAAUAAAAUUGAAUAUAUAAUAGUCAUAAAGUGUCUUUAAUUAAUUAAUAAUUUUCAUAAUAAUAUAUAUGUGUCCAAGUUGCUAGUCAAUUUAUUUACGCAAUAAAUUAAUUGUGACAAAAAAGAAAAUAUUUGAUUAUUUUUGUAAUCUGCAGAGUUAUGAUGAUAAACAAAAAUAUAUUAAAUUUAUUUGAUAAAUAAUAUUAACUUUUAUUUAAAAUGGUAGAUACAUGCAGUAUUUGCUCAACUAAAACAUUCCAUUUAACAUCGUUAUUUGUAACUGAUGACGGUAAAAAAUGGAGAGAUUCAGGACUAUUAAAAAUGGUUGAAGUUUGUAAAAGAAUUAAAAUAAUAAAAUCAGUUAAAAAAAUACCAAUGAUUUGUAAUCCAUGUAUUUACAAAAUAAGUAAAUCUUUUUACAAUAUCAAUAAUCAUAAAAAUCAUCAAGAUAAACGUACUGUUGUGUGUGAAACCAUUAAAUCAUCAGAUGAAUCAAAAAUACCUGCAGUUGAAGAAAAUAAAAACACUGAUUAUAUCAAAGAAAAAAGUCAAUUAAAUAAACGUCCUCGUAAUGAAUCUCAUGACAAUGCAAUCAGAAAAAAAUUAUGUCAAAGAAAUGAAGAAAUAAUUGAGCCAGUGAUUAAACAAGAUUUGAUAAAUAAUCUUGAUAAUGAUUGUCUUGCAAAAAUAUUUUUAUAUCUACCAACGAUUGAAUUAUUUUACAUAGAACAAGUAUGUCAACGAUGGAAACUUGUUGUACAAUUAGCAUGGCAAGAUACAAAAAAGUACAUUGAUAAUCUGUACAAAAAUUGUAAUUUAUUAAAACAAUUACAUAUUGAAAAAAUAAUUAAUCGUUGUGGUCAUCAUCUUAAUCAUUUGGUACUUUCAAAAAAUUGUGAUUCUAGUAUUAUUAAAAUAAUUGCUGAUAAUUGUCAUAAUCUUGUUCGGCUUGAAUUAAAAUUUAAAACAAUUAAUGAAAAUAAUUUUACACGUGUUUUUUCAAGAAUGGCUAAAUUAAAAGUAAUUAAAAUUGAAGAUAAUCGUGAUCGUUUUAACACAAAUGAUCAUAUUACUCAUAUUCUGGACAGUAUUCCAGAAGGCAUUGAAGAAAUUUUUUUUCAUUCAGCUUGUAAUGUGUUACAAAUAUCUCACAAAUUUUCAUCAGCUUUUGAACAUUUUAAUGCAAUACGUUUAAUUUCAUUGCAACAUUGUGAAUUUGGUCUUGAUUUGAUGCAAAAAAUUUCACUUAAAAAAACAAUAAUAUAUAUUGAUUUUGAAAAAUCUGUUUUGAAAUCAGGCUUGCCAUUAUUAUCAAAUUUAAUUAAUUUAAAACAUUUAAAUUUAGAUUUUGUUAUGGGUUGUACGAGCGAAGCACUUGUUCAUAUUACUGAUGAAUGUAAAAAUAUCAAAUGUUCAAGAUGUACAAAUAUUACUGAUUGUGGUAUCAUGUUUGUCAUUCAAAAUUGUCAUAAUCUUGAAGAUUUAAGAGUUGAUGAGACUGGUGUUACUGAUAAAUCAAUUCAUUGUGCUCUUAACAAUGUUGAAAAAAAUUGA